AUGAAUGCGGCAGAAAAGUUAACCGUGGUGGAUGUGUACGAUUUGGCACUGGAAAUCGGAAAAGAAUUCGAAACAAUAAUCGAUGCGAAUGGGGUGAACGCAGUGUCGGGAUUGAUUACGAAAGUGGUCAAUGCGUUGGAGUUGAUGGAAACGUUGACCUGCCAGAAUGAAAACGAAAAUGCCACCUUGCAGGAGCUGCAGGAAAAGAUUGCCCAACUCGAAGCGGAAAAGGAACAGAAGGCUGCAUCACGGUCCCGUUACGAAAAGGAGCUUGAAGCGAUUGAAGAUCAGUGGCGCACCGAAGCGAAAGAGCUGUUCAACGUGAUUGAUAAACUGCAGGAAGAGAAUCGAAAACUUCAGCGCGGAAUUGCACAGUCGGCUAGCGAAAGCACUAAUCAAUCCGACGAUCGUUCGCGGAACGGUGGCACGAACGAUGAAUUUCCCAAUGGCUCUAACAUGCAGGAGCCGGAGGCAGGUGUGUUGAAAUCUGAGUACAAAAUCCAACUCUCGCAGCUGGAGGAAAAGUUGAAGCGCAAAGAGAUGGAACUGUGCGAGAAGAUGGCCGAAAUCGAAAGUUUGUCGAGCCAGAACGAUCGCUUGAAGAAGGUGGUAAGUGAAAGCCGCAGGCGGCAAAAGCUUUCCCACAAUCAGAUCAUUACGCUCUGCGAGGAGAGGGCUGAUUUUCUGGCCCAAAUACAAGACCAACAUCACGAAAUUAAGGCACUCCGAAUGCAGCUUGGGUUGGCUGAAAAGGAAAACGAAGAUUUGGCAAACCGCGUGAAUGAAGAUGAGCGUCCACGGUUCUCUACCGUUGAGCUAAAAGAGAUGCUUACCGAUCGCAACGAGCUAAAGGCUCGUGUUAGCGAUCUGGAGCAAGAGCUGAUGACGUGCCAAGCGAUUGGAACCGGGACAGAGAAUGGCAACAAAUCGAACGUGUUCCCGAAAGAACCCAGCAAUGUAGUGCCUACGGUGGAUUUCAGCGAACUGCCGGUACAAGGACCAUUGCCGUACGAACCGGAUGAUGCACCGUGGAAAAAGAGCAACGAAAGUGGCAUAAGAAAAUUCUUUCGCAAGUUGUUCAACGAAACCUCGUCGGAUUGUUCGAGUUUUUCGCAGCGUUCGCUAUCGACGCUAUCGAAAAUGGCACUCUCGUCGGGACCACACAGUGAUAUACCCAUUUAA